AAAAGCGCAGCUACUCGAACAACAGCACGUGAAAGCUGCAUCAGCCCUUUUCGAUCGCAACGAAGACAGCACAGCCUGCUCGAAACUUCCUGCGUCACAGAAGAGAUGACGCGGCGACAUUUAGUAAUCGUGUUCAUUGGGACGUUGCUCUUCACUACUAGCAACGCCCAGGGAAAAGACGGAGCCAACAAGAGGGCAAGGAGGUCGCUCCUGCCUUAUACAGUAACCCUCGGCGACGCGUCGCCAGUCUUCGAGGACUUCGGCAAGGAAGGGAAUCCGGAUGAUGGGGCCUCUGAUUUCGCGAAGGAAAUGUCUGACUACGAUGAAGCCAUGAAGGUGCUUGCGACAGUCGCCGCACGUCACAAUCAACAACGUCAAAAAGAACAGCGGGACGAAGCCAAACCAAAAUGAAGACCACGAGUGUGAUGUCGAGCCUAUAUGGAGAGACAAUCCAACGACUUCCACUCAUCCUGUAACCGGGUGCAUCAUAGGCAUCAAUAAAUGAAUGAA